AUUAAUAAUUAUACAUUGGAAUCCACAAAUUUUCUUUUUUGCAUUGCUAAAAAAUCAGUGUGUGUUUGAAGUAGCGUCGACAAAGGUAGAGAACUGAAAAAGAUGGCAGCCUCAUGGUUUUGAGUGUCAAAUUCUUCAUUCCCACUGCUUUUCCCCACCAGUUUCAAAACAAAAUCCCAAGUACCAACUCUCUCUCUCUCUCUCCUCUAUCAUUAACUCAGACAAACUCUCAUCCUCGUGAUCACAUUUGCGCAGCAUCUCAUAAAGGGCUCCCACCAUUUCCCCCACCAACUGUUCGACGAUAUGAUCUCCAAUUCCGCUUAAAGACUCCAUUUUUACUUCAAAUUUCAACUCAAACUCAGUCCAAUCUCCGCUUCAGUUCAGAUGCGGUGAAACAAAAAUCCACAAUGUCCUGGAUCCAAUCAGCUUUUGGGACCAAAAUCAGCCCAAUAAUCCUCUUCAUAAUCGUACUCCUCGCCGUGAUUUUAUUCAUCGCCGCCAUCCUCCACCUCCUCAUACGCUUCCUCGUCAAGCAGAGAUCCCCGCAGGCCCCCGAGAUUCCGGGCUCCGGCGCCUUCCAGAGGCAGCUGCAGCAGCUCUUCCACCUCCACGAUUCCGGCUUGGAUCAGUUCCAAAUCGACGCCCUCCCAGUCUUCUUGUACAAGGAGAUAAUGGGAUUGAAGGAGCCCUUUGAUUGCGCCGUAUGCUUAUGCGAAUUUUCCGAAUUGGAUAAGCUGAGAUUGCUUCCUCUCUGCAGCCAUGCCUUCCACAUUGACUGCAUUGACACAUGGCUGCUGUCUAAUUCCUCAUGCCCCCUCUGCAGGGGUGUGAUCUUGAGCCCCGGAUUCUCGUUUGAGAACCCAGUGUUCGUGUUUGAUGAUUCGAAGGAGGUGGAGGAUGUGAAGGGGGGUGGGGAUGAGAGUAGCUCUGCUUUGAGUGGGAGGAGGGUUUUUUCAGUGAGGCUUGGGAAAUUGAGGUGUAGUAAUGGUAAUGGAACUGUGGUGCAAGAGAAUCAAAAUCAUGAAUUGGGGGAAACCAGCUGCAGCAAUCUUGAUGGGAGGAGGUGUUAUUCAAUGGGAUCGUUUCAGUAUGUGGUGGCUGAUUCAGAGCUGCAGGUUGCUUUCUGCCCUAGUGGGGGAGAGAGAGGGAGACAGCUUGAUGGGAACGUUGGUGAUGUGAUGAGAGGAGGGAGGGGGAGAGGGAGAGAGGGACAGAAUUGGAAUUUUGCAGGGGAGGGAGAUGGUGAGGAUGGGAAGAAGAUUAACAGUAGGGUUAAAGGUGAGAGCUUUUCUGUUUCCAAGAUUUGGCUGUGGUCCAAGAAAGGUAAAUUCCCUAAUUCACAUUAUUCCAAUGAUGUUAAUGGAAUUUUACCAUGAAAGAAAGGAUUUUUAUUUGAUUUUGCGGGAGUUAAUUAGUUAAUACUAAUGUAGAUAGAGUAUGAGAAGUGUGUUGUGGCUUUCUGUAAUUUGUGAUUAGUAUGUCAGAUUCAGAGCAUUCUUGUUUAGGUGUUUGCCUUUUGUUUUUAUUUUUGGUUUCUUUUUAAUGCAAUUUAAGGUUGAAUAAUGCUUGUUUUCCACAUCAUACAUUGUCUUUUGUAGCUCGCUUCUCCUUUCUUUGGAUGACUAUCCAUUUCUAA